AUGGAACCAGGGGAGGAGUCCAGUGUCCCGGAUCCACAGGGCUCAGAGGAAAUGGAGGUUGGAGCAGACGACAGUGCCGCCUGUCUCUCAGAGGAGGAGGAUUCCGACCAGGAAGGCCCUGAGAUGGUGCCAUCCCACAAGAUGUGGCCAGGGGUCUCCAAGGGCGACGUCUCGCCCAGCUCCCCAUGGGACAUGGCUGGCCAGAGCCCGGGCAUUGGGGCACAGGCGCCGGAUGACUCUGGUGACCUGGAGCAGGGGCUGGAGGAGUUCGGUGACAUCAUUGUGCACCGGGUGACACAGAUGGGUGUGAAGCCGUGCCGCUACAUCGAGGGGGGGCGCAGCUACGAGCUGAGCCCUGGGCUGGCCCGCCGGCUGCUGCGGCUCGACGAGAAGCCGUACGAGUGCACCGAGUGCGGCAAGAGCUUCAACCAGAGCUCCAACCUGCACCGGCACCAGCGCACACACACUGGCGAGCGCCCCUACUGCUGCCCGGCCUGCGGCAAGGCCUUCAGCCGCCGCUCCAAUCUGGCGCAGCACCAGCGCAUCCACACCGGCGAACGCCCCUUCCACUGCGGCGACUGCGGCAAGAGCUUCAGCGAGAGCUCCUACCUGAUCCGGCACCAGCGCACCCACACCGGCGAGCGCCCCUACAAGUGCCCAGCCUGCGGCAAGGCCUUCUCCCGCAGUUCCCACCUGGCACGACACCAGCGCACCCACACUGGUGAGCGCCCCUACCCCUGCACCGACUGUGGCAAGUGCUUCGGGCUCAGCUCCGACCUGGCCACACACCGCCGCACCCACACAGGCGAGAAGCCUUUCCGCUGCACCGACUGUGGCAAGGCCUUCUCCCGCAGCUCCCACCUGGUGCAGCACCAGCGCACCCACACCGGGGAGCGCCCCUACCGCUGCGCCCAGUGCGGCAAGAGCUUCUGCCAUGGCUCCAACCUGCUGCAGCACCAACGCACGCACCGCGGCGAGCGCCCCUACCGGUGCCAGCAGUGUGGCAAGGCCUUCAGCCUGAGCUCCAACCUGAUCCGCCACCAGCGCAUCCAUACGGGCGAGCGCCCCUACCGCUGCACCGACUGCGGGCGCAGCUUCGUGCUGAGCUCUGACCUCCUGCAGCACCACCGUGUGCACACGGGCGAGCGUCCCUACCAGUGCCCCGACUGUGGCAAGGCCUUCUCCCGUGCCGCCCACCUGGCCCAGCACCGCCGCACCCACACGGGCGAGCGCCCUUACCACUGCCAGCACUGUGGUAAGAGCUUCAGCCAUGGCUCCAACUUCAUCAAGCACCAGAGCACCCACCUGCAUGGCUGGCAGCCCUGCUGGCCCCUUAAGGAGGGCGGGGAGGGCCCCCAGGAUGAUGGGGCUGGCAAGGAGGUGGAGGAGGGGCAGGCACAGCCUUAA